AUGUGGGAGAGCCAUGCUUCCGCACGAAUGGGUCGGCUCGACCGGAGCGAUACCGGAGUGAGGCCGUCCUCACAGAAAACCGGCGUGAAACAACCACAGCGUUGUGUUUCGCCGUCGAUACCAGCGGCAGUAGACCCGGUGAUCACCAAAUUGAACCCUGAAGGUCUUCGGUACGGAUACAUCAGGGAUGAUGAAGGUAUUCCCCAUCUUGUGGACUCCUGGAUCAAGGCCAGUGACCUGAGGAAUAUGGCUAGAUAUAACCCUGAUGUGGACAAUGAAUACCACCUUUAUACCAGGUCUAACCCACUUGUGAGCCAGCCUAUCGUCCAAGGUAACACUGCUCUCCUCGCCGCCAGCAACUUUGACCCCAACAAGAGGACCAUUAUCCUCAUCCACGGUUUCCUUGGCAACAUCUUGAGUGGAUUCAACACCGUUCUCGUCCCCGCGUUCAUCCUGGCUGGUGAUGUCAAUGUCAUUGUAGUCGACUGGGGCAAGGGUGCUCACUUAGGAUUCAACGGAAUCAGUUCUGGACGCAGCGUCGGUCGCUUCAUCAAUUGGUUGAACCAGGCCUCCGGUGCCAAUGUCGAGAACUACCACAUCUUGGGCUACAGUGUAGGCGCUCAUCAAGCUGGUAUUGUUGGCAGAAGUCUCCUCGGCCGUCCAAGCUACUUGACCGCCAUGGAUCCUGCGGACCGUUGGCUCUCCAGCCAAGCAGUUCGAGCUGAUGAUGCAGUCUACACCGAAAUAAUUCACACCAACAUUGGUAACAUCGGGCAGGAGGAACCCGCUGGUGAUGUAGACUUUUAUCCCAAUGGAGGAAUCAACAUGCCUGGAUGUUCUACUGCUGUCUGCGAUCAUUAUAGAUCCUAUUUCUACAUGGGUGAAUCUCUGGCUACUGGUGGUUUCACUGGCAUCCAAUGUGCUUCAGUAGAGGAAGCUAAAGCUGGCAGCUGUUCUGGACCUGCUACUCUUCGGAUGGGAGGACUGCAGCCUAAGACUGGAUCCAAGGGUAUUUACUACGUACCUACAAACGGCUCCCCCCCAUUCUCUCAAGGUUAAGAGAGACGCCAUGACAGAAAAACAAACGAAUUAAUGUAAUAGAAAUAAAAUCUCC